CCUCUGAUCUCUGAAAAGAUGCUGUGAGUGUGUGUCAGAACUUUGAGGCAGACAGACGAAUAAACUGAUUCCCAAAUGCUGUGCACAAACAGGACCACCGUGCGUGUGCGCAGUCAGACUUCUCAGGGAAAUCUUUGUGAUACCAGGAUGCUCCCCACCCGCAGCAGAAUAUUUGUGUCACAGAUUGACAGUCUCGCACAUCGGCCAGUGUCCCUGAACCGCCCCGAGGAGAACGAUGAGAGGAUGAUGAGCGAGGACUUCCUGCCUCGAGCGCUCAUUGAGCCUGAUGACCUUGAUGAUGGCGUUGAUGAUGAAGCCCUGGGCCCUGGUGGCCGCAGCGGCAUGCCCAAGUCCGAACCCAAGCUGCCCGACGAGCUGGACCUCCGCCGGGCUCGAAUCAGCAGCAGUGGCUCCUCCAGCCCCUCCCCUCCUCCACCUCCACCUGGCUAUUACAACCACCACCACCGCCAUAACCACCAGCACCACGCACCAGGAGGACACGGCCUUCCACCACCACCAUCCCGGGGCUCGCCGGCACGCUUCCCCCAGACGCCCUUCCCCAGUGGGGCAGCCGCAGCAGCAGCAGGGGUGGCAAGUAUGAGUGGUGGUGUCGCUGGUGGUGGUGCCCAGGACCAGUACCAAUGGGCGUGGGCGUAUCCGAGCUACACAAGUGGUCUGGAGGAUAGGUACCCGCACAGCAUGCCCUCCUGCCUGCCCUCAGACGAGUACAGCAGCUACCCCGGUGAUGCCGGCUUCGUCCAGGCCAAGAGCCACUCCCUGCCCGGCAGACACAGCCCCAGCCUGGCCAGCAUGGAGCAGCCCAGCUCACUGCGCUCCAUCCCACCCAUCGCCACCGCACAUAACCACAACCAUGCCUACGGGCAUGCCCAUACCCACCCCAUGCACCCGUACGGAUAUAUGCCAGCGCCCCAGGCCCCGGCCUGCUACAUGCCAUGCCACCCUCUUGCCCCUCCACAUGGUCCUCUGCCACAGGGUCACCUCCACCUGGGUCAGCUACAUCAGCUGAGCCCGCAGCCAGCCUACCACAUGGCCUACAAACCCUCAGGUCUAGAUCUCCAUGGGCAUGUCCGAACCAACUCCACACAGAGUGAGAAUGCCAUCUUCCAACACAGGCAGCGCAGUCCUAGAGAAACCCAGUUAUCCAUGGAACAAAGGAAGGUGUUUGUGACUUACGAGGACGACAAUGAGGACCAUGUCAAGGAGAUCAUCAAGUUUGUGGCCUUGCUGAGACACAACGGCUUUGACACACACAUCGACGUCUUUGAGCAGCAGCUCAACAGCAUCAGCAAGAUCGACUGUACAGAGAGGUACAUCCAGGAGAAGGACUACCUGAUCAUCAUUGCCAUAAGCCCCAAGUACUACGAGGUGGUGGCCGGAGACAGCAUGUUUGUGGAGAGAGACGAGCGCACAUUAAACACAGUUUACAUCCACAAACAGCUGCAGAAUGAGUUCAUUCAAAAUGGCUGCAAGAACUUCAGGUUCAUCCCUAUUCUCUUCCCUGGGGCCAAGAAGAGUGAUGUCCCCACCUGGCUGCGGAACACCCAUGUCUACAGCUGGCCUAAGCACCGCGAUGACAUCCUGAGGAGGCUGAUGAGGGUGGAGAAGUACAACCCUCCUCCCAUCGGAGAACUGCCCACUAUCGUCUCCAUACCCAUCUGAAACCCACUGAGUCUCCUCUCUCUCUCUCUCUCUCUCUCUCUCUCUCUCUCUCUCUCUCUCUCUCUCUCUCUCUCUCUCUCUCUCUCUCUCUCUCUCUCUCUCUCUCUCUCUCUCUCUCUCUCUCUCUCUCUCGCUCUCUCGCUCUCUCUGAGUGUGUGGUGGAGAGCUGUCCACCAUCAUUCUCCCUUCUGAAGCCCAGACUAUCCUCAGGCAAGACCAGGGGGCAUGCAAACUAUGACUACGCUGUGGUCUUUGAAGACUGGUUAGACAAUGUGUGUGUGUGUGUGUGUGUGUGUGUGUGUGUGUGUGUGUGUGUGUGUGUGUGUGUGUGUGUGUGUGUGUGUGUGUGUGUGUGUGUGUGUUUGGGGGGUAGGGUUUGUUGUGGCAUGACUUGGAAUUGGGUAUUUCGGGUGAAUCAAAAAUGACAGAGAAUGUGUGCACAUCAGUAACAGAGGUGCUGGACCAAACAGGAGAUAACUGAAAGGAUAUGAUAAAGGUGCGUAACAUUGUUCUAUGCUCCCCAAAAGAUGAAUGGCACAACACUUAAGACGCACAGUCCUUCAUCAAAGUGCACAAGUGCAGCAGGACUGAGCAUACAAAACACUGUUCCAUUAAAGUUUUUGGGAGCACAGAACAGUGUUACAGACCUUUAUCAUUUCCUUAAUUUGUGCUAAUCAGUCAUCUGUAGUCAUGCCCUUCUACUGCUGGUCAAUGUGUUGGAAUUUGGGUUUGUACUCUCUGGAUCUUUGCACAUGAUUGGGGAAACUCUUGUCUGACAUUUUUUAAUGGGCUGCUACUUGAACUACUCACAGAUUCGAAAACACAGUUACAUUUACAGAAUCAAUGUCAAUGAGUGAGUCCAUGCAAGCGGCCAUUGUUGCUGAAACAACUGUCACAUUUCACUUAUUUUCCCCUUCUCCACUGCGUUUUAAUUUAGACUAUGUCAAAUCUCUGAAAAUCUUGCGAUCCUGAUUGGUUCUUUUGCAUUUUGGUUUUGGAGCAAGGGGAAUCCAAAGGUCCUCCAGAAAAACACAUGUGAGCUCACAAAACUGAGCCGAAAUACACAAGGGUCGAGAGAGAGUCAGGCUCAGAUGAGUCCCCAGAUGCACUCUGCACUUACUGUAGGUGAAACCCCCUGAUAUCACUCACACAGCCUUGUCUCUGUCAAACACACACGUUCACAGACACAGACACAUUCCUACUUUUUCUUUUUCUCUCACACGCAUUCACUAUCUUGGUCUCUUUCUAAAACACACGCACACGCACACGCACACACAGACACACACACGACAACUUUCCAGUUCUGUGCUCAUGCUUCCUGUUGCAUGACAGCACACACUUUCUCCCCGAGUUCUCACGAGUCAUAACUGCUGAAAGAAGUUCCAUGGAAUUGAACUUCAUCAAAGUUUACCGCUCCAGCAGAAUGCACUUCAAAGCUGUGAAAAUAAAAAGGACAGGAGAUGACAUAACGUAGUGAUUAAUAACACUGUUGACGCGUGGGCUAAAUCUGUCAUCAUAGAAAACAAUGACAAAUGGCCUUUCAGACAUUAAGUAUGCGCGUACGGCAUGCACUCACACACACACACACACACACACACACACACACACACACACACACACACACACACACACACACACACACACACACACACACACACACGUUCCCCUGGUGAUGUGUGUGUACAGUAAUGGCCUUUCAGACACACACAUGCACGCCCACUCAACUCACACACAUUCCAUUACUGUCCUCAGAUCAGAUGUGUGUAGUUCCUGCACAUUUCCAAGGUGAAGACAAUGCCCCAAACUGAUUUCACUCAGUCACGCUAUUACACAGGAAUCUCAGGUGCAAUGCCCGUCAGGUGCAAAACAAAACAUUCUUCAUUUGUGGUCUGUUAUGGCAUGUCCUCCACCCUCACCUUAGGGCAUUUGAACGAGGUUGCUAUAUUAAAGAUUGCGUUUCUUACAUUUCUCAACAAAAUCAUUUUGCUCAUUUGGCAUUUAACACAUCUCUUGGCUCUGUCAGGCCUCUGCUGUUUACAGACGUAUUUAAAUGCUGUUUGUUGUUUGUGUGCGUUUGUGAACCUGGUAACCUUGGGAAUAGUCCAAGAACCUGGUUGCUGUUGUAAACUGGGUUAAGUUGAGGUGUGGUGAAUCAUCUAGUCAGGAUAAUGCUAUUAUGUAACCAUGUUUUUUGGCGAUAAUUGGAAAAGUGUUGGUGCUGUUAACUUCUACUUUUAAUGCUGAAAUCCAAGUAUGAACGUACAAUUACGUUCCACAUUUUUACGAGCUAUGAUUAAUAUUACCAAUUUUAAGUGUAAAAAAAAACGUGUGGAUAAGGAUAUUUUUAGUUUUUCCCUAUUUAUCAAUACAUUAAGAGGUGAUUCAAUGCAAAAUAUGAAAGUCAUUACAUUAAAGGAAUACUAGAUUUACACAUUUUUAAGUGAAUCAUCACCAAGAUGUUUUUUUUUUAAAUAGGUAAACACUCCCAAAUGCAUAUAGGGUAUGCACAAUAGCAUUAGCCUGAGUGUAGAAGAGCCUGGAGCCUGGUCUCUAUUUCUUAAUGACAUGUGUGAGUUACGUAUCUAUUGCAGCUUUACCACCUCCUGUAGGUAAAUAAGACUGGUUCAUCAGCUAACCAUGUUCUUGGAAUAUGCCCCUGUCAAACCAAACUCGCUAG